CCUGCAGUCGGGUAGCCAAAGUAAUGCAUUUAAUCACACUGUGCAUUUGUGUUAUUUUUUUUUUUUUUAGUGCUCACCAAGUAAUGCACGAAAAGCUGAAAUAAGCAUUUAAAGGAAACACCAUCUAAACUCAAGCAAGAUUUGUACUGGCAAAAGUUUCCUGGUUAAAUACUUCAGGUUGAAAAAAGAUCUUUGGUCUCCAGAGCUCUCAGUAUGCCAGAUGGAUUUUUCCAGUUGUUUAUAAUUAGUGACAUAAUGGCGUGUCAUAUGGUGCCAAGAAAGAUAGUGUGCAUUCACCACCUCUGCUGCAACUAUCACCUGUGAACCUACAUUGUAAACUGACCACACAGAUAAUGUCCAAGAGGGCUGAGUGCCAUGUUUUAAUAUUCUUCCUCUUAGCUUUGAUCCAAGGCAAGGAAGAUUCAUUUUACCCAGGGUGGUGCCAUAUGUCCCCUGCUACACAGCAACAUCCAGUGCAGGGCGUCCUGGAAGUUUAUCAGACUGGAAAAGGCUGCAACAGUCAUGGGACAGCAGCUUUACCCCAUGAAGUACACAUUAUCAACCUGAAAGAGACAGCAAUGCACCAAAAUCUACCUGAGGUAACACUGCAUCUGAAGCCAGUCUCUAGUUCACAGUCUAUUCAGCAUAAACUUGCUGUCUUCAUCCUUAACUCUCAGAAUCCAGUAGUAUGGAAACUGAAUGUGGAACAGCCUUCCAGCAGUAUGCAACAUAUAUUUCAUGUAAGUCUGCUGGUUGUCCAUACCAGAAACAAAUGUGGGACUUCUACAUAA